AUGAAUAUGUUGGAUGAUGAAGAUGACCAAAGCUUUCACGCUACGCGUGACGGCUACUCCCAUUUGAGCGAUGUCGAAUGGGAUGCGGUUGAAUGGAUGGGUUCAACCAUGGGCAUCCAUGCUGUUAGCGUCAUGCUAGAGGCUCUCAAUAGAGAUGCCCAACAUGCUACUAUCGCCAAGUUCAUUCAAAAUGAACUUGACUUUGAACGCGAGAAAGUAGCCUUGCUUCACCAACAAGGUUCUCAACAAGCAGAGUUGUUGAGAGAACAGGGUGCUCAACAGUUUGAACUGUUGAGACAGCAGCAGGCUGCUGCUGGCGGGUCGAUGCACUCGCGUCGAUCCGAGACUUUGAAGAUUGACAUCUCAAAGUAUAGGGGGUCGAAGAGGACUCCCUCUUGA